CUCUAUUCAAGGAAACACACAAUGGUGUUGUAGUCCUGACCAACUGAUUUUGCUGCAAUCAACAAUGGACGGUGAAGGUGAUGUGAAGAUGGAAAGCAUGCCUAGUGCGAGCAAUGGAAAUAGUGAUGUAAAACCACCUGUGAAAACUUCAGUCAUGGUUAUGCCAACUGGACCUGCUCCCAUGAUAUCCAAUAAACAUCCUGUCAUGCAUCUAAAUGAACUCACACAAGAAAGUAAAUUUGAAUUAGUGUCUGAAGACAAGGAAACUGGCCCAAGCAACAAGAAACGUAGAGUCUACACUAUGAUGUUGAUGUGUAAAAAUGAAAAAUUCCAAGGAAUUGGUCAGAGCAAAAAGAUUGCUAAAGAGGAAGCUGCUAAAUAUGCUCUGCUGAAACUGUUUAACAUCCUGUAUAUUCCAGAUGCUAGCAUGUCUUCAUUUGUACCAGAGGGUAUGGUGCUAGGAAAGAGACCUGGGGAAGAGUCACCUCAAGCUGCAGAACCAGGAAGUAAAAAGAAAAAGAAGAAUAAGGAAGCUGAAGGUCCAAAGAAUCCCGUGAUGAGACUGCAUGAGUUACGUUCAGGUCUUGAAUAUGUGGUAGAAUCUCAGUCAGGUCCAGUACAUGCCCCUGUGUUCGUAAUGAGUGUAGUUGUGGAUGGUCUUAAGUAUGAAGGGUGUGGCAAUUCAAAAAAGAAGGCAAAAGUUGAUGUGGCUUCAAAGGCACUAAAUGCUGUAGAGCCGCCUGUAGCUGAACAAACUAUCAAAUGUGAACCAUCUACUACAACGUAGCUACGUUUAUAAAAAAUCUCUGUAAAUAUAAUUAUUCAGUGUGGAAACAUUUCAUUUGGUUUUUGUUAUGUUUAGUACCAGUAAUAAGUGUUUUUACAUAACUUAAAUGCAGCGUGCUACACAAUGGUUAUAGAAUUGCAUUUUAUGUAUUGUCAUUUUAAAGUUUCAAAUUGAUAAGUCAAUUUUAUUUUUUCCCAUUCAUAUUUUAUCAAUAUUUGAAUGGAAACAUGUUAUAGAAAAAAAUCCUGCUGUCUGUGUAUAUUGUAAUUUAUUCAAACGAAAAUUAUAGACUUUGUUAGAGGAUAGUUUUAAAUAACAUGAGCGUGCAUAUGCACUUUCUUCAUUGAAGAAAAUAUGACAUUUUCAAUGUCAGUUACUUAUUAUGUUGUUUUUGUCUAGUUUUUUAGCUUUGUAUUUACUUGAUUUUCAUAUUUUUUGGUACUACACUAGUAACUAAAUUUUAUUGUGAAAAAAAACUUAAAAGCUUAUUAUUUGGUUUCAAGUCAACAAUCUAAAAUGACCAUUUAUUUUAUAAGGACAAUUGGAAACAGUAUAUGGAUGAUCACUUUUGAUCAUUGGGACCAUUUAUCUUUUUUAUUUCAUAUCCCUGGUGCAAAACCAAUUCCUGAUAACUAUUUUCUAUCAUCAGUCGUACAUGUAUUACAAAAAUGUAUCAUCAAUAAACAAAGUUUUAGAAGAAUGCCAGGUCAGACACUUGCCUUAUAACCUCUGACCUUUGUGUUAUCAUACUUAUCAUGGGCUAUCAUCACAUUUAAUGAACUCCUUGGGAUAGUUGAAUUUAUGUAUCAUUUUUCUUCUAUGGUAAUAGAGUAACAUAAAGUUGUAUUGUAUAUAAAUUAGUUUGUUUGUAUUUCAUUCAAAAGUCAUAGGAAUUCCACCCUUAUAAUUCAGUUCCUUUCUUUUUUUUUCACUAUCAUUAUUUUUUAGAUAAGUUCAUUUUAUCCUUUUUUACCUCAAUACAGAGAUAACAUUUUUACAGAAUGGAAAAUUUGUCUUUGUUAAAAUAAGUCCUUAUCAUCAAUUGGCCAAUUAAACACAACCAUGAGGUGUAAGUAUUAUAUAAUAUACUGCAAACAAAUUUAGGGAAUAUUUAAACAUGCCUUAGUAUUUUAAUGAAAACUUCUGUCUUUAUACAUUGUACCAAACUUGAACUGUCUGUUAUGUUGAUUAUGUCUUAAACAAAAGUUUAUAGAUCUUUUGUCAGAUGAUUGCUUGUUUUGUUUUAUUGGAUUGCCUUCUCAAUGAUGUAGAUGAUUUCUUGUUUAAUAUUGGAUUGCCUUCUCAAUGAUUUUUUUUUAUACGACCGCAAAUUUAAAAAAAAAUUUCGUCGUAUAUUGCUAUCACGUUGGCGUCGUCGUCUGCAUCGUCGUCCGAAUACUUUUAGUUUUCGCACUCUAACUUUAGUAAAAGUGAAUAGAAAUCUAUGAAAUUUUAACACAAGGUUUAUGACCACAAAAGGAAGGUUGGUAUUGAUUUUGGGAGUUUUGGUCCCAACAUUAUAGGAAUUAGGGGCCAAAAAGGACCCAAAUAAGCAUUUUCUUGGUUUUCGCACUAUAACUUGAGUUUAAGGUAAUAGAAAUCUAUGAAAUUUUGACACAAGGUUUAUGACCACAAAAGAAAGGUUGAUAGUGAUUUUGGGAGUUUUGGUUUCAACAGUUUAGGAAUAAGGGGCCAAAAAAGGGCCCAAAUAAGCAUUAUUCUUGGUUUUCGCACAAUAACUUUAGUUUAAGUUAAUAGAAAUCCAUGAAAUUUAGACACAAUGUUUAUGACCACAAAAGGAAGGUUGGUAUUGAUUCUGGGAGUUUAGGUCCCAUUAGUUUAGGAAUUAGGGGCCAAAAAGGGACCCAAAUAAGCAUUUUUCUUGGUUUUUGCACCAUAACGUUAGUUCAAGUAAAUAGAAAUCUAUGAAAUUUAAACACAAGGUUUAUGACCAUAAAAGGAAGGUUGAUAGUGAUUUUGGGAGUUUUGGUCCCAACCGUUUAGGAAUAAGGGGCCCAAAGGGUCCAAAAUUAAACUUUGUUUGAUUUCAUCAAAAUUGAAUAAUUGGGGUUCUUUGAUAUGCCGAAUCUAACUGUGUAUGUAGAUUCUUAACUUUUGGUCCCGUUUUCAAAUUGGUCUACAUUAAGGUCCAAAGGGUCCAAAAUUAAACUUAGUUUGAUUUUGACAAAAAAUGAAUCGGUUGGGUUCUUUGAUAUACUGAAUCUAAAAAUGUACUUAGAUUCUUGAUUAUUGGCCCAGUUUUCAAGUUGGUCCAAAUCGGGGUCCAAAAUUAAACUUUGUUUGAUUUCAUCAUAAAUUGAAUAAAUGGGGUUCUUUUAUAUGCCAAAUCUAACUGUGUGUGUAGAUUCGUCAUUUUUGGUCCUGUUUUCAAAUUGGUCUACAUUAAAGUCCAAAGGGUCCAAAAUUAAACUAAGUUUGAUUUUAACAAAAAUUGAAAUCUUGGGGUUCUUUAAUAUGCUGAAUCCAAACAUGUACUUAGAUUUUUGAUUAUGGGCCCAGUUUUCAAGUUGGUCCAAAUCAGGAUCUAAAAUUAUUAUAUUAAGUAUUGUGCAAUAGCAAGUCUUUUCAAUUGCACAGUAUUGCGCAAUGGCAAGAAAUAUCUAAUUGCACAAUAUUGUGAAAUAGCAAUUUUUUUUUUUAAUUAGAGUUAUCUUUCUUUGUCCAGAAUAGUAAGCAAGAAAUAUCUAAUUGCAAGAAUUUUUUUUAUUUGGAGUUAUCUUUCUUUGUCCAGAAUCAACUUAAAUCUUUGUUAUAUACAAUAUACAAUGUAUAUUCACUUUUUACUACCAACUGAUAAAUUAAAAUAAUCUUUACCAUUCGGUGAUAUUAAACAAGCAGUUUUUUUACAUCUUAAUAUUUUAUGAUGUAUUUAAAUGAGUAGUUAUUGUUGCAAACUCCAUUAGAAAUUUUAAUUGAGAUUAGUUUUAGAAUAUGGGAAAGGGGGAUGUGAUUAAAAAAAUUGGGUUCAAUUUUCUCAUUUGAAAUUUCAUAAAUAAAUAGAAAAUUUCUUCAAACAUUUUUUUGAGAGGAUAAAUAUUCAACAGCAUAGUGAAUUGCUCUAAGAGAAAACAAAAAAAUUUAAGUUCAUUAGAACACAUUCAUUCUGUGUCAGAAACCUAUGCUGUGUCAACUAUUUAAUCACAAUCCAAAUUUAGAGCUGAAUCCAGCUUGAAUGUUGUGUCCAUAAUUGCCCCAACCGUUCAGGGUUCAACCUCUGCGGUCGUAUAAAGCUACGCCCUGCGGAGCAUCUGGUCUCACCUUAUAGAUAAGUUUGUCAUCAACACAUUUAUAUAAUAGUACUAACUGCUAAGAUUUCACACAAAUUCAUAUUUUUUUUACAUUCAACAACUUUUUGUUUUUAUAACAUAGUUAUAUUGUUCAUGAUCAAAAGAUUAUUUUGAUGUCUGAGGAAACAAAACUUGAUAAUAGCAAGAUAAGCUAUAAUUUGUACGAGUUAUCAUAGAAUUGACAAAUAAAAAGUAAACAAUGA